AUGUUGCUUGCCUAUGCACAGACACAACCAACACCCAACGCAGUCGAGAAAUUAAAUUUUUCAGAAGAAAGACGAGCAAGAAUGGUACCUGACGGCCAAACGGCAGCAGCUUCUUCUCCGGUGGUUCAUGUUGUGAGCAGAGAAGAUGAGAGAAAUUUCCGUUCCUCGAUCAAGCUGAAAUACAUUAGGCUUGGUUGUCGCUACCUGAUUUCCAAUGGCCUGUAUGUUGUGGCGAUAUCCGUUGCUCUUGCAAUGGCAGCCAAUGUGUCGAUGUCCCAUGUUUACGAUAUCCUGCAGCUGUGCAACUAUCAUCUCAGAUAUAAUGUUCUUUCCGUGGUGGUGUGUGUGUCUGUGAUGUCGAUUUUAGCCACAGUUUACUUCAUGAGCAAGCCGAGAAGGGUUUACCUGGUGGAUUUUUCUUGCUACAAACCUGACGAUCCGUCCUUCAUGUGCACCAAAGAGAUGGUCCUGGAACUGAUUUCCGGCGUUGUGAAUGAAGAAAGUUCAGCUUUCAUAAAGAAGGUUCUAGAGAGGUCGGGAGUCGGGGACAAGUGCUAUGCCGCUGGUAUCAAAGAUUUUCCACCAAAAAGACCCUUUGAUUGCGCCAGGAACGAAGCUGAGACAGUCAUAAUUGGAGCUAUUGACGACCUGUUUGCGAAAACCAGAGUGAAUCCUAAAGAAAUCGGUAUUCUUAUAGUCAAUAUCUCUGCUUUCAACCCCACCCCGUCUCUUUCUGCCAUGAUCGUCAAUCGCUACAAGCUAAGGGGGGAUGUCGUGAGCUGCAACUUAGGCGGCAUGGGCUGCAGCGCUGGACUGAUAGCCAUAGACCUUGCAAAGAGGCUCUUGCAGGGGCAGCGCAACACGUAUGCACUGGUCAUGAGUUUAGAGUCUAUGACACACAAUUACUACGCCGGAAAAAACAGAUCAAAGCUUCUUUCAAACUGCCUUUUCCGAAUGGGAGGGGCAGCCAUUCUCUUAUCAAACCGAUUUUCUGAUCGCAGACGGUCAAAAUAUGAACUCAUACACACGCUACGUACACAUAGAGGUGCUGAUGACAGGUCUUACAAGUGUGUAAUUCAAGAGGAAGAUGACGAGGGGUACCUCGGUAUGUCGCUGUCCAAAGACCUGAUGAAUGUUGCUGGAGAGGCGUUGCAGGCACACAUCACGACACUCGGACCCUUGGUACUUCCCAUGUCGGAGCAGCUCCUAUUCCUGGCCACAUUGUUAGCAAGGAAGGUUUUCAAGAUGAAGAUAAAACCACACGUUCCGGAUUUCAAGCUUGCCUUUGAGAACUUCUGCAUUCACACAGGCGGGAGAGCAGUUUUGGAUGAGCUGGAGAAGAAUCUGAAUCUCACCGGACACGACAUAGAGCCUUCAAGAAUGACUCUAUACAGGUUUGGAAACACUUCCAGCAGUUCAAUCUGGUACGAAUUAGCAUAUUCUGAGGCCAAAGGGCGCGUCAAAAAAGGCAACCGUGUCUGGCAAAUAGCAUUCGGGUCUGGUUUCAAGUGCAACAGCGGUGUCUGGCGUGCACUUAAAACAAUUGACCCAACUAAAGAGAAAAAUGUAUGGACAGAUGAGAUUAACCAGUUUCCAGUUCACAUACCCAAAACAAUGCCGAUUGGCUCUUAAACUUCAUCUUCCUCUCGAGAGAACAAGAGGAACGAUUAGUCUCCACCAAGCUACCUCCCAGUUAGGUACAAUGAAAAGCAUAGGCAGUGGAUAAUUACAAUGUAGAACUUUUACAUAAUAUGCCUUAACCAUUGUUUACCAUCUGAUUGGGACCAUGUAUCGUCAUAAUAUAUUCAAGUUGCAGAAUGUGUAAAACAGCAGGAACAAUCAGGGAAUAAAUGUCGAUGCAAUUUCAUAGAAUUUUUGUGAUGUAAAGCAUGAAUGAAAUGGUUCUAUACAUGUAGGAUAAUAACAUUGAUAGGGACCAUAUCUCGUCGUAAUAUAUUCGAGUUGCACAAUGUGUAAAACAGCAGGAACAAUCAGGGAAUCAAUGUCGAUGCAAUUCCAUAGUGUUUGUGACGUAAAUCUUCAACUAAAUGGUUCUAUUCAUUUAGGAUAGUAACAUUCACCUAACCUAAAUAAAGUCAUAGUAUUUCGAAGAAUAUAACAGCUAGAAGUAAACGAUUGAUCCAACUACUAAUCUAGAAAACUUACAGGAGAUAUAUGAGAUGGUCCCAAUUCCCAAGAGUGUUUACUUCCUACGAAUCUACAACAAUGGUCCUAUGCUAUCAUGUACAUGAUAUAUUAUUGUCCGCCUACUUAUAUAGCAUUCAAGAAAGACGUACCACUCAUUUUAAUUUGCAACUAUAUGCCAGCCAUUCUGUAACUUUCUAUAUACAGAAAGGAUUUCUACAAAUACCGAAAAAGUGGGACCUUCAAGUAAAAUGACUAGAAAUUCUUUUUUUGGUUCACAGACAACGGCGAAGCAGAUUCACUUCAAGACGCAAAAUAUUUGAACUAGUCCACGGUUAUUACUUAGACGAGCAAAAGCAGAUGAAAAUGGACAGCUUCGACAAGGACAAGUCGAGAUUAAAAAUAAUUGUAAAAAAGCAUCCAGGUACAACAGUAUUAUAAA